CUAAUGAGUGAUGAGAUGCGUCUCGUUAGGAAACAUCACAUGUUUGUGCGCUCAGCGGAGCCACUUUAAAUUAGUGGACAGCGGGACAAACGGAGGGGAAGUACUGGGAAAUCCGGACGAGGAGAAAGAGGGACAAGCUGUGUCGGCGCACAGAGACACUAUUCGUGGGUGCUCAAAGCUCCAGAGACGACUGGUUUUACCCCCCACGGACCCGUGAAAAUGAAAGCCUGGCAGUGUGUUUCCCUCCUGGCUUGUGCCUGCUUUCUUUAUCAAGCUGAUGGACGCAAAACAUACAGGGAUGUAUUCCCACACAAGCACUCAUUAUCAGGGAAGUUUCCAUUUCCAAUCCCACCGAUCCCUGGCUGGGAUCCCGACACCAACCCAUGGGAUGAUUACAUCUACCCACCACUAAACAUAAAGUUAAAUGAUUUUAUGCACCACAGAGGUAAACCCAAAGUCCGUUUGACCAGUGACAGUCCAGCUCUGAAUGGCUCUUGCGUCACCUUCACUGCAAAGCUGGAGUAUCCUCCCUGCCAGAAGGAGGAUGCCAAUGGGAACCUGAUCUGGGAUGAGCACUGUGAGGAUGCCAAUGGGCAGGUUCGCUCUGGCUACGUGUACAACUGGACUUCCUGGUUGGAUGAUUAUGGCUUUGGAAAGUGUAUAGACAAGGCAAAAUGCAACGUGUUCCCAGACGGGAGACCCUUCCCUCAGAGCAAUGACUGGAGACGAAAGAGCUACGUCUAUGUUUGGCACACAAUGGGCCAGUACUAUGAGACGUGUGAUGGCUCUUCCUCCAGUGUGACCAUCAAUACCACCAACAUCCCUCUGGGGGCAGAGGUCAUGGAAGUCAUGGUCUACAGGAAACGCGAGCGCAGGAAGUACAGCCCCCUCUCUACCGACAACACCGUCUUCUUUGUCACAGAUAAGAUUCCAGUGGCAGUCGACAUCUCUCAGAAGGGUGCAGUCAACCAAUCUGAGAAUAUCUUCAUCCGUGGUGUGGAUGUGGUUUUCAAAGUCCACCUCCAUGACCCCAGCGGCUACCUGAAAACUGCUGCCUCCAUUGACUACAUCUGGGAUUUUCGAGACGGCAAUCAGCUGGUAACGCAUCGCAACGUGACCAUGCACGCCUACAGUAAGCUGGGGACCAUGACUGUGAAGCUGGUGGUCGAGGCAGCGUUUCCAGUUGAAUGUCCACCUCCUGCCAACACCCCGACCUCGACCACAUCCACAGGUUCUGUCACAAGCAGUCACAAAGAUAUAGACAUGACAAAACAAGCGAAAGGCUCCUACAACUCCACUUGUUACUCACGCAAUUACAACCAAGAUGGAGACCACACAGGUGCCGCCCAGCACCAGCCUGCCCUCGACCACCUCCUCUUUCGUUUCCACGGGUCUCCCCACCACAGAGCCCCUCCCUUCCACUGUUGCCCCAGAAUCCGACCCACCACCCCGCUGUGGCUCCGCACCAGGCGUCGCAACAGCAACCAGUGUUUCCGCUACGCCUACGGGACCUUCACAGGCAAUAUCACUAUCGUUGAGUCCAAGCACCCACUGAAUACCCUGCCAAGCAGUCGGAUUUUGGAAGUGUCAGCCCACAGAGUGACCAACACUGACAUCAACUUCCUGGUGAAAUGUCUGGGCAGCAUCCCCACUUCAGCCUGUACCAUCGUGUCAGACCCUAGCUGCACUCAGGUACGCAACAUCAUGUGCAACAAUGUGCCGCCGCUCUCGGAGUGCAAAGUGCAUCUGAGGCGAAGAUUUCUGGAACCGGGCACCUACUGUGUGAACAUCACUUUGGAGAACUCCAGCAGCUUGGCCCUCACCAGCACCACCAUCACCAUAAACAAGUCCCAGGACACACCUGUGUCCACAACCUCUCGCACUGCCGAAGUCGUUCUCUCCUCAAGCGCUGUUCUGGGGGCCAUUUUUGCAUUCAUUGCCUAUGUGGUCUACAAGCGUUACAAGGUGUACCGGCCCAUUCGCAGGUCACUGGUGGAGGAUGCCCAUGCUGGGGUUGGAGGUCACAUGAUUCGCCUGAAGGAGGCACUCUUCCCCUCCAGUGAGGAGAGCCGUCACCUUCUGACUGAGACACCCCCCCUGUAGGCUUUGUUGAGCUGCAUCAUCACUUAAAAUAAAAUAAAAUUUAAAAAAAAAACACCUAAAGCAUGUGAUUGUCAGAUAUGAAUCUAAUCAAAAGUUUAAUCAUUAAAGUGCAAAAAAAUAGCAGGAAUACCAUAUUUGUAAAAGAAACUAAUAUUUUGCUUGUUUUAAUUGUUUGAUGGUGCUCCAGAAAACUGCUAAUGCUACAGCAGCUGCUGAUUGGUGUGAUGAUUUUCUACUGAAGAGGCUGUUGAAUGUGUGAUUGAGGCACUCAUUUUGAUUGCAACAUAGGGUGUAGUAGCUGCUAUAAAAAUGAAUUAGGCUCAAGCAAUGGCUGUUUUUGAUGAAAAAUGCUUUUGUACCAUUUGUCAUGGAUUGCUUUAGAAAACUGUAUAUUAAUGUACGGGUAAAAAUCCUACUAGUAGUGAUACAUGCAUGCUUUUCCUCAAAUAAGUUAAAAUGGAAUUUCUUUAACUCCAAGAUUUAAACAGCCAUAAUCAAGGAAUUCAGAGGAUGAAAGGCUAAUAAAUAAGUCUGUCACUAAAUAAAGGCUGUGAACUAACCACUUCUGUUUUGAAGACACUGGAAUCUGUCUUUGUAUAGAGCUGGGAAAAAAUUGAAUUUAACUGGGUUUUUUGGGGUGGGGGGUGGGGGGUGUUAGAUGAACUGAUUUUUGGUGUGAUUUUGAAUCACAAAGGAGUGAUGAUUGUGUCCGCUGACGGUCAUUUUGUUCUCAGCAAAUCAGAGUCUGUGUCAGUAACUAAAGUUAUUUUCGUGUUCUCUUAAUUUGUUGUGCAGUAACAUUUUUUUUAAUCUAGACUGUUUCCACACAAUCACAUUAACUGCAGAAAAUUCAUGGUUUAGUGAAAAACUAGAUUUUAACCAUUAGCACUAUAGUUUGGGGCUUUUAAAACAAGCAAUGAAGUCACCACUUUCCUGUAACCCAACAAUCCUGUAUAUUAUUGUGAUCAAAACAAACACUGCAAAUCAAAUGCAAUCAAGUCACACGACGCCGAUUUCAAAGCAGGUAGUUCACACAACAUACUUAAUGCUUUUACUGUACAGUACAAUAAACUGCACAGAGGCAAAUUGUUAAAUUUAAAGUUUUUAAUACUGUUAAACAUUUUUUAGUCCUUUUGCAAAGUUUACCAAGUGACUUUAAAUAUUUCUCUAAUGCAGCACUACCUAAUGUAUGUUGCUUUGGAAUUUUGGGCAUCGUCAACUCAAUACAUGUGGAACUUGUAUCGAGUUCAUACACGACUUCAUUCGUGUGGAAAAUGUUUUCACAGGACUCUCUGCAUCCCUGUGAAAAGUACACCCUGUGAUUCAGGUGCUGACUGGGCCAUUGCAACAUGUUCUCUUUAACGAGUCUGUUCUAGAUUUUGUGCCAUCCAUGGCAUCAUUGUCCUGUUGCACGACUUAACUCACAUUUCACUUUAGGAUACUUCGGUAUACAGAGGAAUUCAUGAUCACCACUUCACUUCAAAGUGCCCAGGUCCUGUGGCUGCAAAGUUAGCCCAAAUCGUUACCCCUCUGCCACAGACCUGGACAGUUGGCAUGAGCCUGUGUGAAUACACCGUUUGGUUUCUGCUAAAUGUAGCGCUGCGUAUUAUGUCUAAACAUUGUUUCAGAGGCAACUUUACAAACCUAAGCCAUGGGGUAAUGCUCUUAGAGACUCUCCUGGGAACCCUUCCAAACAAAUCAUAGUUGAUCAGUGCGUCUCCAAUUUUGCUGAGGCCUCGAGAGUAUAGGACAUGGCUCCAAUUCUGGAGGCCUGUGGGCAUUACGUGCUCUGACCUUGGGGUGAAUUUGCCCGGACCUCACUCCUGAGAAAAUUGUGGCAUUGUGUUAUCACACACCUGAAUAGCACACUGCCAAGACAUCUGCUUUUAUAGAGGUGCUCAUAUUGUGAUGAUCACCUAAUCAAGUUGGUCAAAAACAAGAUUGUCCUGAGGUUUCAGCAAAGACCACCAAUGUUUGGUUUUCCUUUUCUUACAAGCAACUUCCCACAGCUUCUUUUAGUGUUUUUCAUAGAACAGAGCAGGUGAGUCUGUUUUUCUCUUUAACCUAUUGUGAUAAAUAAAGACAAUGUUUGACAGGGUCAGUCAACCCGAUUAUAAAGGCCAUUUGUCACAUAUCCAGUUUAACCAAGGACCUAACAUCCUCAGGAUCUGCUCCGUCAUGGAAACCCAGACCAUGAGCAGGUCUGAAAAACUCCAGCUACAGAGUCAGCAGAGGCUAACUUUUACACACCAUGCACCUCAGGACUUUUCUAGUUGGGGUUCCCAAACACUUUGUAAUAGCAUACUUGACUGCAGAAGUUAAAGCAUCCCAUUUAUCUUAGAAGAAAAUGCAUUUGUGUCAAAUGUUUUUCUCCAUUUUUCUUCUUUAUUUAGAGGCAUUUGACAAGUGGAGCUGUGUGUGAGGGGGAGGUGAAGGGGCACAAGCAUUGUUGCAGAGGUGAAGAGAGAAUAUCAAGCUGAAGUUUGAUCACUUUUACAAAAAUUCAGGCCCGGUCCCUCGUCUGUCCCAUACCAAGGAGGAUGUUCCACGUUACACAGCCAAGAAAUGCUAACAGAACAAAACAGCUACCGAAUCAGUGAGUGUAGCAUCUGAGAAAGACAAAAGGGGAAGAAAAGAAAAGAAAAAAGAAAAA